ACGACAACUCUCAGCAUCAUCGCUAUACCCUCCUUCGUCCGUGAACUAUAUUGCGACCACCUGCUCGACGAUGUACUCUGGCUUUCUAGGUCAGAGCGGAUGGUAUGUGCACUCGGAGCUGAUUGCUCUGACAAGCAGUAUCACUGACACGUUACCUGCAUACAUGGUCCCGACAAUGUUUAUCUUGGUCGAUUCGAUGCCGCUGGCUGCACUGGGACAGAUUGCGGAAGAGACAUCUCAGCCGACCAAAGAUAUCCGGGAUGUGCUCGAGGCAACGGACUAUCAAUAGUGGACUUUGGCUGCUGGUCACCUUUGGAUUUGAAGAUACAUGAAGUACUUCGCAAUACGAUUCGAUGCAGGUCUGGAUACGAAAAAGCUCAAGAACGCAUAUCAGUCGGUAAUUGGCGCCACCCGAUUCUGCGGACCGUCUUCGUCGUCCGGAACCAGCGGCUGAUGUAAGUGGUGCUCGAAAAGUACGAAGCGGAGUAUGUUCGUUGCGAAGAGAAGGAUUGCAAUGACGAGGGCAUGCCUCGUCCUUUGACCGAAUGAGACAUGAAACGUCCAGUUAGCCUCGAAGACCACAUCAUACGAUUCAUUCUCGUCAAGCAAAGCGAGAAUAGC